AUGGGGAAGAUGGGGAGAGGAAACAACACCGAGCUACCACAUGGCUGGCUCUUGGGAAUGCUGUGCAGCACAUCAUCUCUGCACUGCCAAAAGACCAUAAUCGCCAGACAGAGUCAUUUAUCUACAAAUAUAGCCCCCAAAGUCAAGCACUGUUGGCAAAACUAUCUUGAAGUGAUAAUAACAAUAGCAUAUUGGCUCAAUACUUACACGCCCAAGAGCGGGGCUUUGGUGAUUGGGAUGCUGAAUGAAAUCGGGUGUUGGCAUCCUACAUUGCUACGGAGAGGCUUGGCCACCGGGAUCCCAAAGUUGGCUAACAAAUACCGGUCAGAUUGA